AUGGUGGGUCCGGCAGCUGAGCCAUGCCGAGCUGUGCCGCUGGCCAAACCCUGCCUGCCAAAGCCACCGGAGCUGCGUGACCUGGAGCUGGCCAAGUGGCACCUCAUGAUGUGCAGCACGGACGGCCGGAGCGAAGAGGCGGAUUAUAUCUUCUACCUGGAGCCAGACAAGCUGGAGUCGGGCAAGGGGAAGUGUUCCUACGACCCCAAAGUAGACACCGUCUCUGCAUUGAUAAAUGAAGAGCUCUACGCUGGCGUCUACAUUGACUUCAUGGGCACAGACGCAGCCAUCUUCCGCACCAUGGGCAAGCAGACAGCCAUGAGGACAGACCAGUACAAUUCACGCUGGCUCAACGACCCAGCCUUCGUCCGUGCCCAGCUCAUCCCCGACAGCAGUGAGAGGAACGACGACAAGCUCUACUUCUUCUUCCGAGAGAAGUCGGCCGAUGCCCCGCUGAGCCCUGGGGUCUAUUCCCGCAUCGGGCGCAUCUGCCUGAACGACGACGGGGGCCACUGCUGCCUCGUGAACAAGUGGAGCACUUUCCUGAAGGCCCGGCUCGUCUGCUCCGUGCCGGGACCCGACGGGAUCGAAACACACUUCGACGAGCUCCAGGACGUCUUCAUCCAGCAGACUCAGGACACCAAGAACCCUGUUAUUUACGCCGUGUUCUCUGCUUCGGGGUCGGUCUUCAAAGGCUCUGCUGUCUGCGUCUACUCCAUGGCCGACAUCCGCAUGGUCUUCAAUCGGGGCACCGUGCAGAAGGUCAUCGUGCUCCCCCGGGAUGACAUGGAGACGGAGGAGCUCAUGCUGGAAGAGAUCGAGGUAUUCAAGCCACUGGCUGGCCUCAAAGCCAAGGAGCAGCAGGACCAGAAGAAGCCUCGAAACCGCCGGAAUCACCAGCCAGAGACCUACGGGCAUACAUGA